AUGUUUUGUUUCCAACUGAAAUCAUCAAGUCUACUAAAGGAGAUACCUGCUACUGGAGAUUUUGAUGCCUGUCGUUUGUAUGGCACAUUAAUAGUAAACAAAGUUGCUGGUAAUUUUCAUAUUACGGCAGGAAAGCACAUUCCACAUCCAAUUGGACAUGCACAUUUAUCAGCAUUCCUUACAGAUAAAGAUUAUAACUUUUCUCAUCGGAUUGAAAUGUUCUCAUUUGGCGACCCCAUAAGUGGUAUUUUUGAUCCUUUAGAAGGAGAUGAGAAAAUAACCGAUAAAAAUUUCCAACUAUAUCAGUAUUACUUGAAAAUAGUUCCAACAGAGGUUUAUUCUGGAAAUCAUGAAGUUAAAACAUAUCAAUACUCGGUUACCGAACAAGAACGUGAAAUCAAUCAUGAUUCUGGAAGUCACGGAAUUCCUGGUAUUUACUUCAAGUAUGACAUGUCGUCAGUUAAAGUAAAAGUAAUAAAACAUCGCUCAUCCUUUUGGCAUUUUUUAGUGAGAUUAUGUGGAAUUGUUGGUGGCAUUUAUGCUACUUCAGGUAUAGUAAACAACAUGGUGAGUUUUAUAGUAAGUAUAUGCAGUAGCAAACCUGCCAAAGAACCCACUUACUCUAAACUUGUCAAAUUAGAGAAUCUCGAAACGCAUAACUUAAACAACAGUCUGAACAAACUCAUGACAGAACAACCUCAAAACAAUGUGUCGUUAAUUGAGAACCCAUUUUAUAACAACGUUAGGCUGUUUUCUGAUAAUAAUUCUUAGCAUUAGUAAGUAAAGUACAGAUUUUUAAAAUAAGCCCAU